GAUUUUCAGAAAUUUGGUAAGACCCCGACCUCGAACCUCUUUAACUUCUGUCUCUCUCCUCGCAGCGGAGGGGAGGAGGAGACGCCGGUGCUCCACCGUCACCCACCUACGUCCACCGCCUGCCGCCGCUUCCGGAGAGGGAGAUAAGCGUGUGUAAUCGGUUUGUUUGCUUUGUUUUAUUCAGUUGAUUUUUGUUUUAGUGGCAGCAAUGCCAGCACAGAAGCGAGCUUUCGAUGCAAUGGAGGGUGAUCCUCUGCAGCGCCACCACGGAAACCACCAUGAGCCACCAGAAGAUGGGGACGGAUACGAAUCUGAUCGAAGCCCUUCGUGGAGUAACGGAGAGAAGGACGAAUUUGUCAUAGUAAAAUUGGCAGAAAUACGCAAGGAAGUGCAGUGUCCAAUUUGCCUUGGGAUCAUCCGGAAGACUCGAACAGUAAUGGAAUGCUUGCAUCGCUUCUGCAGGGAAUGCAUUGACAAAUCCAUGCGACUGGGUAACAAUGAGUGUCCUGCAUGCCGCACACAUUGUGCUAGUCGUCGUUCUUUGAGAGAUGAUCCAAACUAUGAUGCUCUGAUAGCAGCCCUAUAUCCAGAUAUUGAUAAGUAUGAGCAGGAGGUAUAUUUGACCAAUUCAAUGCCAUCUCAGAUUGGAAAGGAACUGGCUUUUCAUGAAGAGGAGAAGACUCGUAAUAAGCAGAUCCAAGCUUCUAUUGCCCAAACUUUGCGAAGACAAUCAGAAGCGCUUGGCAGGAAAAGGACAACAGCAAAAGCCACUGCGGCUGCAUUUGCAAGGAGAUCCCAGGGUAAUUAUCGACGGGGGAGGAGGAACUAUCGAGCUACUGAUCUUCUAGGAUCUGAGGAUGAUGAGGAUGCAAAUGGUAAUGAUGGAGGCAAAGAUUCAUCUUCUGCUGAAGAUCAUUCUGCAGAAGUCAAACCAAAAAGAAGCAGGAGGUGGGGAGGAGUUCGGUUUUCUCAGCCUUCCUCGGGAGCCGCCAAUGCAGAUGGAGGGGGUGAUGAAAAUGAUUUGGAACCAAACAGAGAAGCCAUGGGUGCAUCUGCAGGGCUUGUUGGCAACUCAGAAAUACUUGCAUGGGGCAAAGGUGGCAUGCGGAGUCACACUCGAUAUGGCAGUGUGAGUGGUGGUAAUGGUAAGAAUGCACGGAGCAGCCGCCUCUCUAAGUUGGUAGAUUAUCUCCGUAACUUGGACCAAAAUGAUGAUGAGUUGGAUAUCCAUCUCAUGCUUGUUUCACUAGAUGAACAAAGAAUACCGAGUCUGCAGACGCCAUACCUUUGCUGCAGGCCCACUUUGUCUGUUAGACACCUCUGCCAGUAUGUUGCUCUUCAAACCCCAUUGCUAGCCGAUGAAGUUGAGAUAUUGGUGAUAAAAGAGCAACUUUCCAAGCUAAACCCUUCAAACUCCAGCAGCCCCGACCCAUGCAGUGAUAGGUUGCAAGUUUUAGAAGCACAAGAAACUCUGGCAGUACUCAAGACCAUGCGCAAUGCCAACCAAAGCCAUCUGGUAAACCCUACCCUCCAGAGUUUUUGGCAUAUGAUAUUUGAGAUGCACAAUUAAUCUUUUCCAGUUACGUUGUUUCCAGCUUCUUGCAUACCGGAGAAAGUUGUCAGCUUAGGGAGUUCAUGUGGAAUGCAGCGUGGGUUGGAUCAUUAAGGAGAGGCCAUUACAUCUAGUUUGUACAAGGAAUGUGGAUAUAUAAGACUAUACUCACAGUGGGAUCUUAGGAACGUAUAGCUGUUUAGGUUCUCAUGGAACUUUCUUCGUGGUUAUGUAAUGUUUUUCUAGGAACCUUAAAACCAUAGAAAAAAAUGCAGGUUAUAUAAACAUGGCGGAAAUGCUGUGGUGUUUGAUUUUGUUUCA